AUUCUACUUGGCUUUCUUUAUUUCUGAACAUCUCAGACUUAGUCUCAGUCAUUAUUGCUCAUGCAAAAUGGCUUUUAGUAGUUGUAGGAGUGACGAAUGGGAGUGACUGCAGUGCUUUGCAUGGUCGUAAAGCGUAGUAUCGCUAUCCAGCGUUCCUCUGUGCCCGUUUCUUUUCGUUUUUUUCCAAAUGUGAAGCACAAAGCGAGGAGUAGCAGCAAAUUUUUAAACAGAAUAAUGCAGAUGCGUCGAGCACUUUACGCCCGAGAGAUUUUUCAUUUUCCAAAAUUCCUAGAGGGACAUUACAAUCAAAACCACUCAAAACGCGAUGCAUCGACGCAUCCUCUUCCAGACUCAUAGUCAAUCUCCCAGAAAGAAUUAUACUUUGUCGUCUCAUACAUAGCAAGAUUGAGGUACUACCUUACCACCAACCUGUGCUUGUCGUAUUUCGUUCUGCAAAAAUUCUGUCCAGAAGAAGCAACUUCGGUGGAACAAAGCCACGUUGACUGCGAUACUACCCUUCUUGAGCCCGGUUGUCAGAUUGAAUUCUUACCACGUUGAUCUGAGCUAACCAAUUUGUGCUUCACCUUCUCGCAGAGGUAAUUCGAACGCACAGCUAAAAGAUAUGAUGCCCAGAACAAGUUCUUGGGCGCCUUCGCAGGAACACCAGCAGCAUUGCGAAGAUUUCAAUGGCGGUAGCGGCGCCUCUAUCCCUUCGUUGCAGCCGGGCAGCGGUUGUAGCUGCUCGCCGGAAGAAGAGACCGCUGCGUCUUGUCUGGCAUUGAAUGUUGGCGCAUGUGGCUUGGACGAUAAAUGUGAGGAUGCGGACAAGCAGGACCCCCUCGAUGACCCGAAUUAUGACAGCGAGCAACUUAUUUCCCGUCCCCUCACUUGAGGUUUAUACUUUAUUGGAAAGCAUUAAAGCAUGUCUAGCAACGGAAGCAUCCGUGGUCCCUUGGGAUGCAGCUUUUGCGUUUUAAAUCUUCUAUCUUUAUCGGGCAGUAUGUACAGCUUCAGUCUGGGCUAUCGAGGCUCAUCAAAAAAGCACGGGAAGAAGAAACACGAUAGGGUUUGCAUUGGUUUUUGCAGUGACACGUGAGGGGAGUCAAAACAAAGAAGCUGUCUCCUUUCAUACCAACUUCAACUGGUACACGAGUGACCUGUACCACACCUGCCUGCAGAUUUACCAGAGGAAAAAACUACACUCGGUCUCGCCGAAGAAAUUUUCAUAUGCGGAGAAGGGUACACAAAGAUGACUGAGCAGGUGCAACCAAUGGAAAAUCAACGAAUAUGUCAGUAUUGAAUGCCAAUGCGUUCUCCUCUGCGGCUGAUGCGAGAACUUAGCCUGUUUCAUCUACAUCCCCACUCUUGCUUCUGUUGCAUGAGAAACAUCUGCAUAUAGAAAUUCCUUCGGCCCGGGCCCGACCUCGACUUUUUCGACCAGCAUACCCUUGGGGAAUACAACGCCUAUUUCGACAAGCUGGAGGGGGAAGAACUCUGGGAUGUGGAUGUGGAUGUUGACGGCGAUGUUGCGGUCGGCGACGCACUAUACCCCAUCACCGAAGACGAGCUCGAGGACGAGAGCAGCACCAGCAACAUAAACAUCAGUGUCAGUUUUUCCAUCAGCAGAAACGACAGCUGCGACUCCCAUUGCGAAUCGUACUACAGCUACUGCAGCUACAGGUUGGUGGGUGACACAAUCCGGAAGGACGGAACUGUGGUUGGUGAUGGUCAGUGUGCAGGUUCGUCGAGUGAAGUCGGGACGCCGGUUUUUUCGAGGACCUCUUCCUUGUCCGAUGGUGAAAAUAUCGACUUUCCGCAACAACAAAUUGAUGCAGAGCAACUCCGGGCUGAUUACUAUGAGCAAUUGCGGAAGCUGCAAGAGGCGGUGAGUCAGAAAGGGCUACCAAAUGCAGCCGCUGGGGAUACGUCGGUAUGGUGUUUUUGUACGUACUGAAGUUAGAGAAGAACGCAUAAUGGCGUGUUGAUCAUCAAGUAUGAUUUUUGAAUCGUGCGAAUCAUCAGUAUUAAAUGGAUCAAACCGAAACCACAGGACGGAGUUGCGGUGGCGGAAUUGCAAGUCGUGGACACCAGCAAGAUUCUUAUGGGCACUGGCAACGUCGACGAUAAGGACCUUCCCCUGCAGGAGCAGGCUAUCGCCUCUACACACCCCGCUGGAACAGCAACAGUCCCGCACGAGGAUCGCACAGUCGCUUCCAGCAUGAUCUCCAAUGAGCAGAUCCACCACGCAGCGAAGCCAGCGUUGUCGCAGCAACCACACCGCGGCACCUCUCCACGGCCUGCUCUUGCAGCAAGCGCCGCUGUCGACACUGACAACACGCCCGUCUCUGCUUUUGAAGCAACUACUCCUGCGGAACAGUUACAGCAGAUAACGGCUGCGACUCCAUCCUUCACAAGCGACUUGUACAUCAUGUCCGCUACUACGACUUCUGGUCGCCGGGGUGUACUAGCUUCCUUUAUUGGUUACGACGGCGGCGAAGAAAAGCGGAAUGUGGACGAUGCAGCGCCGCAUGAUGUACCUGCCGGAACAGCCGACGCCGUGGUGCAGUUGUUGAAAACGCCAACGCGCGAGACCGCAACCGGGAGUGACAAUUUGAAUGCGAGUACCGGUUCGGAGGCGGCGGUGGAUACAGCUUCGAAGGUGGGAUAA